GAGCAAGAACUGGAUUCAUACCACCCCUGCGAAGUGGCCAAGACUGCCGGUGGCAUCUUUGGUCAGUGGGGUGGAGGAGACGGAUCGACUGCUCCAGAGAACAUGAUGUAUGCGGACUGGAACGAUUGCAUGCAAGGCGACAUCGAGCGCGACCUGGCCUCUGCGCAGUUGGACUAUCAUUCCGCGCUUGCCGACUUCGUCAUGGAUCUCACGGAGGAGACUUUGGGUGCGGUGUGCGGCGCCAUUCCGGAUGUGAUGGUUGCCCCACUCGGCGCUGGAAUUGCGCUCAACCCGGGUGACAUCUGCGAUGGAACAGUCUAA